GACUCGGCCAACCUCUCGUCACACACACAAUACCCCUCGUUUCAUCUUGAGUUGCUUGUUUGUCUCUGUCUAGAUACUCCAGCAGCCUCAACAUCGCACAUACAAUGUCGUCCUCUAUCGCCAUUCCCGCUGGCCCCUCGGCUACCCGCCCAUUCCAUAAGAGCACCGGCUCUUCUACAAACAGCCCGUUUGGCACUCCUUCGUCUUCUCCUCCGUCAGCCGGAAAGGACAAGGCCCUGCACAACCGCCGUCCGAGCCUCCUGAGCUCUUCACUCUCCAAACAAGAAUGCACCGUCAUUAACGUCGGCGAUCCGGAAGGCACUCCCCGAUUGAUCUCCUACCUCUCCUCCAGCCAGGGUUUCGCCUGGAACCCCGAAAUCUUUCUCCCAUCUUAUAUCGACUGCGACUAUGUUCCCCUUGAGAACCGCCGGGACCCAGUCCACGAGAUCAUUCUGACCGACGACGAGUCCAAGAACCUGCUACCCCAUUAAAUCGCCUGACAUUAUAUCGCAUACACAGACCAGGCCACGAUAGA